AUGGUAGGAAACUCUCAAGAGACAUCCACUCCCGAGCACCUUCCGAGCCUCAAUGGCCCAUCAAACGUUACUGAACUUGCAGUACAUCCCCCCAGUCACUUUAGCAGCUUAGAAUCUUUAUCCUGCUGCGGAUCACUGCCUACUACAAUUCCACAGAGCUCACCACCGGUUUACGCGACUCGCACAUAUAUCGACAACAGGAUUUUAGAACAGAACGAGCAGUGGAUAGUAAAAGGUUGCGAGAGGCACCCGUACCUGCAAUCACAGACUUCUAGUAGUAUUAGCAGUGAGGAAUCACAAUUUGAACUCAUGGACUCACGUCUUUCGAAUUCGGUGGAGAUGCACGAAUAUGAUCAACACGGCCCUUCCGCAAUACGGGCAACUGGUGUCAGUAAUGGUAGGGAGGAUAUUAUCACACCCCAAACCGUAACCGAUGAACCGCAGUCCACUCCGUUUGCUCCGGUUAAUCCGAAUCCGAGCCAUCCUCGUAGAAGGCCAACCUAUUCUAGAAAUCUCUAUGAUUUUCAGAAAUUGCCAAGUUAUCACGGUGAGAGAAACGAUGAAGGUCUUUUGGAUUGUUUUGAGGAUUGCCACCGCCUUGGUCGCCUUGGAAUUGAAAGAAGGGGGAACCUGCUAGUCCACCUCAGAAAUUGUCAUGCCCAAAAGAUAUCGAAGUUUAAUCACGAAGAGAGUCAGAAAAUCAGAGUUAGACGCAAAAAUAUGCUGUCAACGGGUGUUCCGCUUGGGGUCACCAUCACCACCAUCACCAUAACCAUCACCAUCACCGGGAUCAAGCAGCGGCAGAGGCAGAGGCAGAGGCAGAGGCAGAGGCAGCAGCGGGGUAUCGGGACAGCAGCGGAGGCAGUAGCAGUAGCAGUAGCAGCAGCGGAGGCAGUGACAGCAGCAGAAGUAGCAGAAGUAGCAGCGGAGGCGGUGACAGUAGCAGCAGUGGCAGCAGUAGCAGCAGUGGCAGCAGUAGCAGCAGUGGCAGCAGUAGCAGCAGUAGCAGCAGUAGAAGUAGCAGGAGCAUUAGAAAUAAUAAAAUAA